AUGCAUUCCGACGAUCAAAUCGAUGAAUCUACUGGGGAAUUUAAAAAGCCUGAAAUCAUUAUAUUCUAUAACAUGACAAAAGGAGCAGUCAAUGUUGUAGAUGAGAUGGCUACAGCAAGAGUAGCACGUCGAUGGCUUAUGUCACUUUUACCAUUUUUGUAUCUCUCGCUUGAGAAAGAGAAUCUCAUGUUAGGAUGUCUUCAUUUUAAGCUUGAUAGGUCAGACUGGGAACUCUUUUUGUCUCUUACAGAGUUCAUAGAAGGAAUGUUAAAUGAUGUGUCUGUUGAUGCAGUGAAAAUAGUUAUUGAUAACCAGGAACUUUUGUGUAUUAUUUCAGGAACUCUGUAUUUUGAUGACUUCCAGAUAAGAUGCCAAGUUACAGAUUUGAAAUGUGGAGAGACAACUGCAGUUCUCUCUGAACAGGGUAUAGAAAUGGUUGUUAGGCAUGACUUAGUGUUUUCUAAACAGAAGACUAUGUGUGUACAUUUGGAAGAUGAAAUUUUCACUCUGAGUCUGAAGACUGCGAGGCACUGGGGAGCAGCAAAAUGUGUAGCACCUACCCUACCCCACCUAAAACUUGUCAACUGCCAGAAGCCAAUCAAUAUUGCUGACUGCCAUAUUGAAAGCUCAGUUUCAAAUCUUAGGGAAGACAUGGAUGUUUGCGAAGAACCUUACGAUUAUACCACUUUCUCCAAACUCUGCUCUGCAAGCAAAGAUGGCUUGUAUUAUCACACAGAGCAACUUCCUCAAAAGAGGCAGCAACCCUUAUCCAAUUCUUCUCAUUCUUCGGAAGAGAUUAAAGAGAAAAGACGUUCAGUUAAUUCUGUGACAAGAGAUUCUUCUUCAAGCCAUGACCAUUCUGGUACUGGCACCAGAGAAGUUCAUAAUAAGCUAGAAAAAAACAGACGGGCUCACCUGAAAGAAUGCUUUGAAGCUUUAAAAAAACAACUGCCAAAUAUGGAUGACAGGAAAACCUCCAAUUUAAGUAUCCUGAGGGGAGCCAUACGAUUUAUUCAGGUUUUAAAGCGAAAGGAAAGGGAAUAUGAGCAUGAUAUGGAGCGUUUAGCUCGUGAGAAAAUAGCAUUCCAGCAACGACUUUCAUUAUUGAAAAAAGAAUUGGCAUCACAAUUGGAUCAUAUAGAUGUGAACAAUUAUGCCAUUCCAGAAGAUGAUAAUGAAACUACAACCACAGCCUCAGAGUGUGGUGUGUUGAGUGAUUUGGAUGAUACAAUGCCUCGUGAAGCAUCUGCUAUGAAUUCUGCUGUAACCUCAGAUUUUACAAGUUCAUCUUCAUCUUCACCUUCCAAUAGCAUACAUGUAGGACCAGCUCUUACAACUGCAUCUACUACUUCAUCUCAUGCAAUUUCAAAGCAAGUCAUUUCAGGUGCUCAAACAUCUGUUCCAAAUAAAGAGCCUGCCACUUCACCUAAUUCUUUCCCACAUGAGCCCAUAUUGAACAUGGCAAACAAAACACUAGUUUCUCCAGCCUCUUCUGGACUUUCAGCUCACCAGAUAGCAAGUGUUGAGAAUGCUUCUCAAACAGCUAGAGUUUUCUCUGGGAAUUUGCAUACUAUGGCUGGAAUAUUUGCAGCACCUCAUGCCAUGCAGGUCAUUACACAGCCAUCUGGAAUAAAAGUGAUUACGACUCCGAAUUCAAUCAUGGCUUCCAACUCAUCUGUGCAGCACAUCUCUGUUAAUCAUCACCAGCAUGGUCAAAUUCAUGUUCUCACUCCCUCCUCCAACUCGUCCUAUGCUUCGUCCAUUGCCGCCACUUCAGCGAAACAGUUUUGUGCUGAUUCACUAGUCCAAGUGGCUUCUAGUGCUGCCAAGAAUAUUUCAAAACCGCACCUUGUUUCCCCACUCGCAUUGGUAUCCCCCCAAACUAUGGUUGGGAUUUCUCAUGGUAAUACUGGGAAAUCCCUUUCAGGUAGUACCAACAUCUCAGACUUGAUUACUUCCCCUGGUACCUCUAAUUCAUUGAAUAUAUCUCAGAAUGCCAUGAAAGGAAGCUCAGUUCUCUCAGGUAACAUGGCCAUUGCUGUCAAAAAUAACUUGCCGAACAGCAGCGUAUCAACAUCCUGUUCUACACAUUCUAACAUGAUUGCUACACUUCAUGUGAGCAAGCCACAUUCACAGGUUAUGCAGCCAUCUUUGGCUUCCAGUAUUAUUACACCUGGAGGUUCCCAAAUAAAUAAUGGUGCUCACCAUGGAGUUACAUCAAGUCUAAAACCAAUUACGUCAAAUCCUGUAAGAUCUUUACCGCAUAUUGCUGGAGUGGCUCAUGUUGCCCAUGUUGUCUCACAGUCCCCUAUAACUGCUCCUGUGGGACAAAUUGUAACUCCAGGUAGCCAUGUAUCUGCUGUAACUCCACUGGUGGGGUCUGUUUCGGUGGUAUCACAUACUGGAGCCGUGCACCAGCAGUCUCUGGGAAAAGUUCUUGCUUCUCCUGUUUUGAAAUCUGUGAAUCAGAUUAACCCAAUUCCAAUAAUUCAGCAACAAUUUUUACAACAAGUCUCUGUUGGCUCUUCAAGUCAGCCUAUUGUCAAACCUGUUGUAGUUGUAAGCAUGCCUAGUGUUGUACCAACAGGUAAUAUGUCCUCCCUAACACCUUCUUCACUUGUCACAAUGAAUGAGCAAGCUGGUGUUGUUCGUGGAUCAGUUACUCAAAAAUGAAACUUUUUUUGGAGGGGAAUGAACCUUGUUUACAGCUGUAGCUGUGUUUCAUGUACAAAACUUGUAAAUCCUGUUUCUGUAUUGGAGUCUUGUAGUUAUAGGUUGGUUUAGAAUGAUUUUCAUGUUACAUUUUCCAUUUGUGGUGAAGUGGUAUGCAUGUCCAUAAUUUUAGGGCUUUCUAAAUAUAAAUAGACAUUGAAUUAUUUAAUUAUGUUUUACACUGUUGGUCUCUAUAAAAUUUUAGUGGGUUCUUACAUAAAGGAAGAAAAGGAAGGCAGUUGCUUUUAGUAAUAAUGAUUAGAAUAUUUUUAAAACUGUUAUGCAUUUUCAUAAUCAAUACUUUAAGUAAAAAUUUCUGAUUGUGAAA